UUUUUUUUUUCGAUAUAAACGAUUCCGAAGAUUUUAAUUAAUAAAGGAUCGAAGUGUGAGUGAAUAAUGUUUCUAAAUUUAAUUUUGAAUAUAGUCUUUAAUGUCAAAUAAGACGUUAGAGAUCUUUUAUAUAUAUAUGUAUAUAUAUCUUUUUGCAAUUGUUUCACAUCAUUUUAAGAUGUCUACAUCAGCUAUAUACAUAUUGGAUAUGAAGGGCAAGGUGUUGAUCUCUCGUAAUUAUCGUGGAGAUAUAGAAACAGGAGUAAUAGAAAAGUUUAUGCCUUUAGUGAUGGAACGAGAAGAAGAAGGUAAUCUUACACCUAUUAUCCAGACAUUAGAGUGCACAUAUGCUUAUAUAAAAUAUAAUAAUCUUUAUAUCGUUUCUACAACAAGGAAAAAUGCCAAUAUUUCUUUGGUUUUUGUAUUUUUGCAUAAAGUGGUACAAGUAAUGCAAGAAUAUUUUAAAGAAUUAGAAGAAGAGAGUAUAAGGGAUAAUUUUGUUGUAAUAUAUGAGCUUCUGGAUGAAUUAUUGGAUUUUGGUUAUCCUCAAACAACGGAUAGCAAAAUUUUACAAGAAUAUAUUACACAAGAAGGUCAUAAAUUAGAAAUACAACCUAGAAUUCCAAUGGCUGUGACUAAUGCUGUAUCUUGGAGAUCAGAAGGUAUUAAAUAUCGCAAGAAUGAAGUCUUUUUGGAUGUAAUAGAAUCUGUUAAUCUUUUGGCAAAUGCCAAUGGAAAUGUAUUGAGUUCUGAGAUCGUUGGUGCUAUAAAAAUGAGAGUAUAUCUAUCUGGGAUGCCAGAAUUGAGACUUGGUCUAAAUGAUAAAGUAUUGUUUGAAUCGACUGGACGAGGUAAAUCCAAAUCAGUAGAGUUGGAAGAUGUCAAAUUUCAUCAAUGCGUCAGACUUUCAAGAUUUGAGAACGAUCGAACAAUUUCUUUCAUACCACCUGAUGGAGAAUUUGAAUUAAUGUCUUAUAGAUUGAAUACUCAUGUCAAACCAUUGAUAUGGAUUGAAUCGGUUAUAGAGAGACAUGCACAUAGUAGAGUAGAAUACAUGAUAAAAGCUAGAUCACAGUUCAAACGUCGAUCGACAGCUAACAAUGUGGAAAUAGUAAUACCUGUGCCAAAUGAUGCAGACUCUCCUAAAUUUAAAACAACCAUUGGCAGUGUCAAAUAUUCUCCUGAACAAAGUGCAAUUACUUGGUUCAUCAAAUCCUUCCCAGGUGGAAAGGAAUAUUUAAUGAGAGCACAUUUUGGUUUACCGUCUGUUGUUGGAGAAGAUAUAGAAGGCAAACCACCGAUUCAAGUAAAAUUUGAAAUUCCUUAUUUCACUACUUCUGGGAUUCAAGUGCGAUAUUUGAAAAUUAUUGAGAAGAGUGGUUACCAAGCAUUACCAUGGGUUCGUUACAUUACACAAAAUGGUGAUUAUCAAUUGAGAACAAAUUAAUUAUAUUAACACAAUUAAAUGAAAAUAUUUGAGAUGACAAACAAUCGAGUGCUAUGUUUCCAAGGAAACUUCAAUAUAUACAAUUGUAUCUAGUUGUAAAAAUCGAAUAUUUUAAAUAAUCAAAAGAUUAACUUGUCUGAAUAAUGUAUGUAAGAAAUGCAUAGAUUUGCAUAGUUUAAUCUUUAAAUUAAAUGAAAAGAAUAAUUUUUAUGAUUCUAAUUUUAUAAAUCUAAUUUUAUAUACAUACAUUAUUUAUCCAACAAAUUUCAACAGAAAUAAUACUUUAUACUUACAAAUAUUUAAAAUAUUCUAAGAAAACAUUUUAAAUCUGCUAUUGAUA